CAAAUACCUAAUUGCUUAAUCAUGCCUCUUUAAGACUAUGGGGCACUCAUAAUGAGGAUUUAGAAUGGAAAGCAGAGGAUGGUGAGUUGUCUUUUUCACCAUCUUCCUUUAGCCAACUAUCUCAUACAAUUAGGUACAACACUCACUCCUAUAGUACUUUAACAUCUUUUCAAUACUGAUUGCAACUUAGAAUGUAAGUCCUUUUUUUUUUUUUCCAAUAACAUGCCAACAGCAUGGAGCAACUAUGAUCGGCCAUAUGAUUCUGUUUGGGGGGGUCUAUGAUUCUUACUCCACCAUAGCAGAUUCUGUGUUACAUGUGCAGCUACUUCACUCUGUUCUUCCAUGCCUGCCAAACUGUCCCCAGAGAGUGGAGCCCUUGCUUAAAAUGCCGAGACCGAUGGGUUGGUGGAAGCACAUGGAUGCUAAACCUGAUUCAAAUUUAUGAGGAUUGUUGUCCUGUUGCUAACUACAACCUGUUCAAUCCGUCCGUCCCUCCAAAAAAAUAAAAUCCACGUGCCAUUCACAGAUAUGAGGAGCGAGAGCGAAGAAGCUCUCUCUUUGGCUCAACCUUUUCUUACCAGCUAUUGGCUUUUAAUUAAAACUAUAAAGGUCUCUGUUAUCCAACGGAAAUUACAACACUUUCUUGUAUAUAUAACACCGCUGUCUUUUUGGCCUUUGUACUACUAAAGCCUCUAGAUCCCAACAAGUAAAACAGAGGCUAAACAGUAAUAGCAAUAUGUUCUUUCUUUGAGCGGCUAGUGAAACUUUGAUAAACAAAGAAGGAUGAGGUUCAUAGACAAGAGGAGAGUUGAAGGUUAGGAAGAGAAACAAGAGGGGAAGAGAGAGAAAAUGGGUGCGCAAAGUAACACUACUCCGAAAGUUUCACCUAGAGUUUCGACGAGGAAAAGAUCAACAACCCUUCAACACCUCUUUGAUCUUGAUUCCAAUGGCAACAAGAUUGCCAACAACAAUGUUGGGAGCUCAUCAUCAUCUUCUUCAUCUUCUUUCAACUCAGAUCACGAAGAAACUCUUUCUGCAGUGUCAUACUGCACUUUCGUUUUCGCCUUCACUGAAAAUGAAUGUCCUACACAACAGGAACUCAAGAGGCAAAAACUCUUGCAGCUCCUUUCCUUUGUGAAGACCAAUAAAAAUUCAAUUCCUGUGCAAGUUCUGUCGUCUCUCAUUUCCAUGAUAUCAGCCAACUUGUUCAGGCCUCUCCCUCCUCCUUCCAAUCCCUCCAUCACUGCGGACUUUCCGGAUGAUGAAGACACCAUGUCAGCUUAUUCUCCGGUAUGGUCACAUCUUCAGUUGGUUUAUGACAUCCUCAUACGACUAGUGAUCAACAACGACCCCAAGGUACUUCGUCAGUACAUUGAUAACCAAUUUGUUAUCAAUCUCCUUGCUCUUUUCCAAUCCGAAGACCCUAGGGAACGCGACCGCUUGAAGAAUGUCUACCACCGGAUAUAUUCCAGAUUCACAUUCUACCGGGCCUUCAUGAGGAAAUCCAUGAAUGAUGUGUUCUUGCACUAUGUGUUUGAGUCAGAGAGGCAUUGUGGGAUUAGAGAGUUGCUUGAGAUAUGGGGAAGCAUCAUUAAUGGCUUCACCAUGCCGCUUAAGGAAGAGCACAAGCUGUUCUUGAUGAGGGUACUUGUUCCUUUUCACAAGACGAAAGGAAUGCAGGCUUAUCAUAGGCAAUUGGCUUAUUGUGUGUCUCAGUUUGUCCAGAAGGAGCCGGUGCUCGGUGGGGUUGUUGUUAGAGGGAUUCUGAAGUAUUGGCCUGUGACUAAUUGCCAGAAGGAGGUUUUGCUGAUUGGGGAACUUGAGGAACUUGUCGAGAAUAUUGAUCCUGAUCAGUAUAGGAAGCUAGCUGUGCCUUUAUGUAAUCAGAUUACAAGAUGCUUGAACAGUUGGAACUCACAGGUAGCGGAGCGAGCCCUUUAUGUUUGGAACAAUGAGCAUUUUGUGAAGAUGAUAUCAGUGGCAAUGGAGGAAGUGUUUCCAGUAGUAGUUGAAGGCAUGGAGAAGAACUUGAAGUGGCAUUGGAGCAAAAGCGUGCGACAAUUGACAGAAAACGUGAAAGUGAUGCUCGAAGAAAUGGACCCCAUUUUGUACUCGAAAUGCCUCCAGGAAAUCGAGCUCAGAGGAUCCAAGGCUCACCAAGCUGAGAUCAAGAGGAAGAAGAAUUGGGACAGAAUAGAACUGGCAGCAGCUCAACACCAGUAUUUCCAACCACCACAUUUCAUAUGUGUCUAAUUAUAACUAAAACAAACGUCAAUGUACACCAGUCUCUGCUGGCAUUUGGUUUUGGUUUCAUAGUCCAUUAUAGAUCGAAUAGAAGGUAUAAUUAGUCUUCCUAGUUAAUUAUAAGCUUAAUUAGUAAGGGAAUUUGGGAACAUAUACAACUCUUCUCAAUAUGAAACCCACUGAGCAUAAAAUGCCAGCAAGACCAGAUAUAGACCUUUUUUAAAAGAGUUAUUUACCAAGAGUGCUAUUUUUUUAGGGAUAAUGAUAAAAAAUGUCAUUUUGAAGUGCCUUAUUAUAAUUCAAACAGCACAAAUGUCCCUAUGAUAAUUAAGGUCACCUGUUCACGUUCUACCACUGUACUUCAAUUUAAUUACAAAACUGCCACCGUCAGUUUUCUCUGGCGGUUUGUAAGAGGUAGACUAAAACGGCACUAUUGUUUCGUCUUCUCCACAUUACUUCGGAAAUUCAAACCUCAAAAAACCGCUCAAACCUACUCCGAAAUAGAGAAAUAUUAAUCUCCGGCGGCCACAUUCUUAGACACAUACCUUCUCCGACGACUGUUUUGCUCAACGGUGAAGCAACGCCGACUCUGAAAAGUACUUCACAGAAAAAGCCCCAAAUUUUAGGGAUUUGAAGAAUUGCAGAACUCGAAUCGUCUACCUCGACCGGGUAA